CCAACAUAACAACACACAACAUAGAAGAACUAGUUUUGGUUUGGGGAAUAGUUCAGUGUUCAGAUUACAUUGCAGAGAUGGCAUCAAUAACCAUGACAGCCUCAUUCCUUGGUAGCUCAGCCCUCACCAACCGGUCUACGGUGGCAACCCAAAGGAGGCUUGUGGUGGCAAAUGCUGCCAGAGCAGUUGAAGGAGAGAAGGUGAAACUCAGUUAUGAGAGUGACAAAGAGGGUAGCAAUGGAAGGAGGAACAUGAUGUUUGCUGCAGCAGCAGCAGCUGUUUGUUCUGUUGCUGGGAUAGCUUUGGCAGAUGAGCCCAAACGUGGUACCCCAGAAGCUAAGAAAAUCUAUGCCCCUGUUUGUGUCACCAUGCCAACAGCUAGGAUUUGUCGUAAGUAAGGUCCUUAGGAUUUCGUUAUUUCCUAUGAAAAGAACAAUGGGGAUGUAAUGUUUUGAUUUCAUGUGAUGAUCCUUUCUGUCUCUCUGUACUAGUUGUUCGUGAAACAAUCAACUUUGCCUUAUCUGUUUAGUUUAA